UUAAAAAUGGUGGAAUAUAAUUCUAUUCAAUGGAAUGUGUAUUUUUGUUAAUUGUAUCAUCUUGUUUGUGAUGUAUAACCAGAAAAAAUAAUAAUAUGACAACUCCUGUUUCCAAUCGCAAAUAUGGAGCACAAAAGAUACGGCUUACAAUUCUAUGCGCAAGAAACUUGGCUCGAAGAGAUCUUUUCCGUUUACCCGAUCCCUUCGCCAAAAUAUCAGUAGAUGGAAGUGGACAAGUUUAUUCAACCAAUUCAGUAAAAGCUACACUUGAUCCCAAGUGGAAUACACACUAUGAUUUGUACCUGACGAAAGGCGAUGGAAUUACAAUAAGUAUAUGGAAUCAGCGAAAAAUUCACAAGAGACAAGGAUCAGGGUUCCUCGGAUGUGUGUGCAUACAACCAUCUACAGUACAUAAAUUAAAGGAUACAGGCUACCAGUGUUUAGAGUUAUCUGAGGACAGUUCUCUGGAAACUUGUGGUGUACGUGGGCAAGUGAUAGUAUCCCUCUUAUCCCGUGAUGGUGCUCGAGGCGAACCAGCUUCGGCGGCCGGUGAAGGCUCCCCUUUGGCAGUGGUGGGGCCCGCCGGCGACGUCCGAUCACCCAGAGAUCCGCCAGUCAUCCCAAACACAAAUCAGUCACCUUUGCCACAAUUUUGGGAAGAGAAAUUUACUUCUUCUGGGAGACCUUAUUAUGCAAACCAUGCCCGUCGUUGCACACAAUGGGACCGCCCUACAUCAGACGGUCCCGGCCCGGUGACGACGCCGGAGUCCUCACCGCCUUCUCCACCUAAUGGUAUAUUACCAGUUACGUCAUCAUCACCAGCUGCCUUGGGUUCACCAGCCUCACCUUCAUCGCCAGUGUCAGACACAGAUGUCAAUCAUGCAACCUCAAUUUCAUUAAGACCUGAACCGCAACCUCAGACGGCUGUCCGACCUCGCCCAGCGCCAGCUAUAGCAUCACCUGUUACCCCUAGUACACCAUCCAAUCCAACGACGCCAAGUACUCCUGUAGCUGCUACCGACCUUCCAGCUGGAUAUGAAAUGCGCACGACGGCGCAAGGUCAGGUGUACUUCUACAACGCGGCGACCGGCGCGUCCACGUGGCACGACCCUCGGGUCCCGCCCCACCUGCGGCACGCGGCGGCGGCGGCGGGCCCGCUGCCGCCCGGCUGGGAGAUGCGGCACUCGCCCUCCGGGCGGCUCUACUUCGUCGAUCACAAUAACCGCACCACGCAGUUUACGGACCCCCGGCUCGCUCUCUCCGCGAGAUUCGUGAAUAAUCACAAUCCGGGGCCAGUGGAGACGGGCCCAGUUGCGAGCGAGCCCGCAGAGGCAGAAACGUUGCCCAAAUACAAGCGCGACCUCGCCGCUAAAGCUCGCGCGCUACGAGCCGAGCUGCAAGCGCUGCAACCGCAUACGGGCCACUGUCGGAUAGAGGUAUCACGUAACGAAGUACUGGAAGAAUCGUACCGGCUCGUGAUGAAGCUACGAGGCAAGGAACUUCGCAAACGAUUAUUGGUGAAGUUCCGCGGCGAAGAGGGACUCGACUACGGUGGCGUGGCGCGGGAAUGGCUGCACUUAUUAGGCAGGGAGCUAUUCAACCCACAGUACGGACUGUUUCAGUAUGCAAAUGCUGGAGAUGAUCGAUAUGCUUUACAAAUAAAUGCAGAUUCUGGGGUGAACCCAGAGCAUCUAUCCUACUUUCACUUUGCUGGUCGUAUACUUGGUGUGGCCCUGUUCCACGGACAUCAGUUAGAUGCAGCAUUCACGGCGCCAUUUUAUAAACAGCUGUUAGGCAGGGCGAUCACUCUUCGAGACAUUCGUGACGUAGAUCCUGAACUGCAUCGCUCACUUUCUUGGAUGUUAGAGAACAGUAUAGCAGGCGUGAUAGAUACAACUUUCUCAGUGGAAUGCUCGUCAUUCGGUGCGGUGCGCAGCGUGGAGCUGCGGCCGGGUGGGGCUAACGAACAGGUAACGGAUGUAAAUAAACGCGAAUACGUCCGCCUGUACGUAGCGCAUAGAUUCACAAGAGGCGCCGAACGGCAAUGGCUUGCCUUGCAACGCGGCCUGGCCGAUAUUAUACCUCCACAGCUGUUACGGCCCCUUUCACCGAGAGACCUACAGCCGCUACUCGCCGGUCGGUCAGACCUCGAUCCCGUAGACUGGCGACGUCAUACUCGCCUCAAACACGUCUCACCAGACGCACCGAUAGUCGGCUGGUUCUGGGAAAUUGUGGAAGACUUUGAUGCAGAAAUGCGAGCUAGAUUGCUACAGUUUGUGACUGGGUCCCGCCGGGUCCCACUGAACGGUUUUCGAGCGCUGCAAGGCUCUACAGGUGCGGCUGCUCCGAGGUUCUUCACGCUACAUUUAGUCGCAGACGCAUCGCCAGACUCGCUUCCGAAAGCGCAUACCUGUUUCAACCGUCUUGACCUACCGCCCUAUCCCACGAAGGAGCGUUUGCAUGACAAACUAAAACAAGCGGUCCUCGAGACUGCUGGCUUCGCUGUCGAAUGACAUGAGAACUUGAUAAGUGUCAUGGGAAUGAAUUGGUUGUGUUCAACGUUGAUUAGCCAUUUAAAAAUAUUUUUGGCCACUAAAAAGUAUACUUAUACAAAAUAUAUCGACAGUUAACCCCCUGCAGAUCGAUUUUAUUUACUUCAAAUGUAUGCGGGGUUUUCUUCGUGAAUUAUAUUUAUAGGAAACUGUUUUUUGUAAAUAACGCCGCAAUUGUUACUUUUAAGCGUAUUUUUUAUCGCUCUGUUAAUUUAUUUUAACAGCUAGUGCUACUUGUCUAAUGGUGAACAAAUUUCUAUAUUUCCGAGAUUGCGGAAACGCUAAAAACAUUUAAAGUUAUAUUUAUUCAUUUUACAAUGAAGGCCAGAAAAUUAACUGAAUGUAAUGUAAUAUAAAAUAUAUGACAUUAUGUACGCCAUAAAAAUAUCUGCAAUUAUUUUUAAAUUUAAUAUUUAUACAUAUUAAUUUGUUUACACAGAGACCGAGGUUAUCGUGUAUAGAAAUCAAUAAUUAAACAUAAACAUUGAAAGUUUCUGCAGCAAUCCGUCCGGAUUAUUAGAAAAGUGUACAUUUGUAAAAUAAUAAAAAAAACUCCUGUAAACCUUAAGCAAAGGCUACAAGUAUGAGACUGAUAGAUGUUUGGUAAAGAAAUCAUGACAAAAAGUUCUUAACUUUACAAAAACAACAGGCGUGUAAAUAUUGUCAUUCUAUAUAAAAUAUUUAACAUCUUGUAAUACUUUUUGUAUUUUUAACCUACUAUUAUUUUAAUACUACGGUGUCGGUAGCACACUCGUUUCUAAAUCGCAUUUCACCAGAUAUGUACAAGCAAGCUCAAGUAAUUUUACGAUUAGUAAACUUACUCAUAAUCAUUACUAUGAUGUAAAUCUAAUUUAAGGUAAAUCAGCAGCUACACAUUUUAAAUUUAAAUAUAAACUACAUAAAUUACUGAACGCAGCAUUUCCACCUAUACUAAAACUAAUACUAUUUAUGUUGUUGGAAAUUAUGUAAGAGAUAUUGUUGUGAAUCUACCAAUUUGAUAUUAAUAUGUAUUCUUGUUUAUUCCAGUUAAAGCAUAACAACUGAGCUUCCCAUUACGUUAUUUUAUUUUUUACAUCUAAUCUUAACUGACUGUUACUUUAAAUCAACGAAUUUAGUAUAGAUCUCUAUAAUGCAGUCGCCAAGGGUACAGUGCUUGUGUUCAAAUCUUAAACCAGUGUAUAUAAUAUUUUCUAAAUUCUACUAAUACAGUUCUCUAUGUGGGUUAUCUAAUUCUCUAAUACUUUGUAAUCUGGUUUUUCAUAACACUGGGUAUCCUUAUUUGGGGACCAGCCAACUGGAUUGUUUGGCACGUUAUUGUAAUAAUAUUGUAUGAGUAGUUUUGUACAAAUUCUCUGUGCAAUAUGUUGCAGAUAAGAUGUUAAUUUGACGGCUUUGUUGGUAUAGCAGUUUAGCAUACCGCUUUACUUAUAAUGGUUGCGGGUUCGAUUCCUCGCACAUUACAUUAAUGACUAUAAUUGUUUCUAUUGGUCUGGGUAUUUUCUGUAUAUUAUGUAUGUAUUUACAAAAAAUGUAUUAAAUUUUUGUAUCAAUUGUCUACACAUAACAGAAGCUUAGCUUAGCUUGGGAUUAAUUGGCCCUGUGUGAAUUAUUUGGAGUUAUUAUUUAGACCUUGGUGGUAUAGUGGUUUAACACCACUUUCACACACCGAUGGUCACGAGUUCCAUUCCCGCGGAACGCAAACAUUUAUAUUCACAUAUUUAUAGGCACUACUAUUUGUAACAUACAUACAUUACAUAAUAUAUGUCAUUGUGUGUCAUUGUAUGUAAAUGACACAUUACAGAUCCAAAUUCAUAAAUGUUCUUACUGCAACACAUUGUGAAUUUAUUAUUUUUGGUACAAAAUGUCUAUAAUUGUUUUAAGAAGUAUUAAAACUAGAAGGAAAUACUUGGAAUGUACAGACAUAUAUUCACUGUCUGAAUUGUAAGUAAUUAUUACUAUUUUAAAAUUAUAUUUUAUUGAAUUUACUACAAAUUAAUGCUUUAAAGUUGUAUAUAGUUAAUUCCAAGUAUUUCCAAAAAUGUUAGUGAGAUAUAGAAGUGAUUUAAUUAAAAAAUAAUGUAAUAUUCAUUCAUGUUUCUUUAUUAGAGACAUGUUCACUAUAAUUUUAUGAAUGCAAUUGCUAUACAAACUCCGGAAUGUAUUAAUACUGAGAUAAAUGAUAUGUGCCUAAAUAAUAUAAUUUUAUAUAAUACUAGCAUAAUAUUCGACUUCGUCGUCGUCGAAUUUGACUUUAAAAUUAAAAGUUAUAUAAUAAAGUAGCCCAAGUUACUCUUCAUAACAUUAUAUACCUAUCAAUAGUGAUAGUCCAGCCCCAUCAAAAUCGGCCCAGCUCUUUCAGAGAUUAGCAAAAAUAGAGAGAACAGAUAAAAAAAAAUCUUUUUAUAUAAAUACCAUGUAUACUAUCAUACCAAUUUAGUGAAAUGUUUAUUUGAAAUUACAAACACGUCAAUUUUAUUUAUAUGUGUAGAUAUUCUCCCAGCUCUCCACUGUCCGUGAAAGGUACUUUUGAUUUGUUUAUAUUCCUUAAAUUAGCUUUUGUGUCUGGUAUCGCCUAAUUCAUUAUUUCUUAAAAAGAAGCAUGCCAGCAGCAAAAUGUAGAAAAAAUGUUCGUGUUAAAAUAUCACUGUCUUUUUUAAUAUAUUUUACUUUAAACAAGUAUUUUGUUAGAUUUCGCAGAAACUUCACACCAUAAAGACAUAUAUGCUAAUAGAUGCUAAUUCCAAAUAAUAGUUAUAGGGAUGGCAACCGUAAUGUUAUUUAGGCGUCUUGUUAGUUUAUCUAGCAUAUUUUAUUAUGUAUACUUUCACAAUGCUCAAAUAUCUCUAAUUUUUAUUUAGACGUGUUUGAUUUUUAAUUCUAUGUUUCUCAUCAACGCUACAUUAUUUUAUUGUAAAUUGUAAUCAUUGGAGUUUGUUUACACAGAUACUGAUGUCACAUCAUGUACAAUAUAUAUACUUUGGUUUUACAAGGCGAGCAUGUAAUUUUGGUGCCUUAAGUA